AUGCCUAGGCAAGACGCUAUCAUAGUCGACCGAUACUGGCAUAAAAGUGGAGUCCGUGGUCGCAUAUCCCGUGUUAUCCGCCCUAUGCAAUUUCUCUUUGCUAUGAUCGUUGCCGCCCUGUACGGCAUCGAUCUAGCCCAUGCGACAAACACAAACAACACCGCCCCAGCGGAGUGGGUGUAUGCCGAACUAGCUGUCACCUUAUCUGCCAUCACCUGCAUUGUGUAUUUCUUCGUUCCGGUCAUCCAUGCUGCGUGGUCGGCCUGGGAUGGAAUUUUAUUUGUCUUCUGGCUCGCCCAAACGGGUGUUUUCGGAAAUAUCUACAUCUCCGGCACACUAGACGAGCACUACAAGCAUGUCACUUUGUCCAUCCCUCGGAUGCGUGCUGCUGUCUGGAUUGACCUGAUCAACUUGUUGUUAUGGCUUUUCACGUUCAUCCUGGGCAUCACUUGUUGUUGCCGUACCCGGAAGUCCACACGCCAAGGAGACGAGGUUGGCGACAACAAAGACCAUUUGAUCAAAAAUGACGAGGAAGAUUGUGCUCCACCGGAAUACAAGGAAGACCCUGAUGAGGAUUUGGCUGCUAGUCUCGCUGCCGCUGAAAAGAAAGUUCAUCAAUGCGACUCGGAGAAAGGAGGCCUUUCAGGUUGA